CGAAAACAUGAGUCAGGCCGUAGCAGCACCAAUGGCAACAAUAGCAGCAAUUAAUUUGGGAGGAGGAGCGGCAGGUCAGUUUGGGGACACGACGUACACUGAGGUGUUUGUUGAAGGAUUGGCUUGGGAGACCCAGAAGGAGACCAUGAAGAGAUACUUUGAGCAGUUUGGUGACAUCUUGGAGGCUGUUGUCAUCACUGACAAGGCCACCGGCAGAUCCCAGGCUUACGAAUUUAAGCGUAACCUUUCGAGAGGCGGAAGCAGUGAUGAAAGCUAGCUUGUGUCGAGGCAGCCCCAAAAACUUAAUAUAGGCUUUGGUAGUUGGCCACCAAACCAAAUAGGAAGAGCGAAGGAGGUAGCGAUGACGAUGAAGUCUAAAAUUAGUUUGGGACUGGGUAUGCAUCCUUGUUACAAGAUCAGUGUUAAGAAGGUUAAUAUAAACCAUCUCAGAAGAAGGAAGUAAGUAUUUGCUGGGUGUGAUAAGUUUUUGCUGGGUG